AUGUUGGACGUUCUUGUGAUUGGAGCUGGCUUUAGCGGCCUCCAGGCAGCCUACUCGGCUCAGCAAGCUGGUCUCUCGACUGCCGUGGUUGAAGCCCGGGAUCGGGUUGGGGGAAAGAUCUGGAGCGUGCCACUUGCUUCAGGCCGUGGCUACGCUGAGCUUGGCGGAGCAUGGAUCAACAACAGCCUCCAACCCCGUGUCUGGAAGUAUGUAGAAAGAUUUGGCCUGGAGGUUGUAACACAGCGGUUGGAAGGAACGGCCGUCAUGCAAGAAACUCAAGACAGUCGACUUGAAUUUCCAUUUGGCGUUUCGCCCGAUUGGUCUGAGGCGGAGAAAAACAACUUGGCAUAUAUCCGCGAUCACAUCCAAGCGGAAUCUUUGAAACCUGGCUUGCCAAGUGCACAGGAUGACAAUGUUAGUUUGGAUCAGUAUGUCCGCAAUCUCGGUGCCUUGCCCAAGGUUGCCAACAUGGUGAAUCUCUGGGCACGGGUCAUGCAUGGCGUAGAGUCCACCGAAGAGUCGGCAGCCUGGUUUAUCGACUACUGCUGUCGCAAUAAGGGCCUUCUAGCUAUCAGAGCGGAUGAUUCCACUGGCGGACAAUAUAUGAGAUUCAAAGACGGAGCACAGUCAAUUGCCGAGGGAAUUGCUCGCUUGGUGGGAGCGCAGAAUAUUCACCUAGGAUCACCAGUUGCUUCGGUCAACGAGCACGGCUCACAUGUCAGCGUCGUCACCCGUGAUGGAAGAACGUUCAAUGCCAGGAAGUGUAUCUUGUCGAUCCCCAGUACCAUGUACAAGGAACUGAGCAUCACCCCUGGUUUGCCCCAGCCUGUUCAGGAGGUCACCGACGGGACCGUCCUCGGUGACUAUAACAAGGCUAUCGUUUGUUAUGAUAGGCCAUGGUGGCGUAGCGAGGGAUUCAACGGUUACUUCGCGAGCUACGCAGGUCCCGUUAUACUGGCAAGAGACACCAGUGUUGAUGAACGAAACCACUUCUCCUUGACAUGCUUCGUCAAUGGUCAGCCAGGGCGUGAUUGGAGCAAGUUGUGUCCCCAUGAACGUCGCGCAGUGGUCAUAAAGCAGAUAGCAAAGAUCUUCAAAGCCGAUGCCAACUCGGAAGCCUUCCGGCCAAUUGAAGUCUUUGAUCAGGUCUGGAAGCACGAGGAAUUUAGCAGAGGCGCCUUGGCUCCUAUCCAUGCGCUUGGGCAUCUCACCAAGUACGCAUCUGUGUAUGGUAAACCAGUCGGCAAUCUUCACUUCGUGGGGACAGAAUAUAGCACAGAAUGGAAAGGAUACAUGGAGGGAGCGCUUUGCUCGGGAGAAAGGGGGGCUCGUGAGGUCGUGGAAGCCGUGAAGAAAGUACCAUCAAAAUUAUGA